AUGACUGAUGAAGCACACGAAAGCAAUAUUAUUAUAUAUACUGAUGGUUCCAAAAUAAAUAGCUAUGUUGGAUGCGCCUUUGUAGCAUAUGCACAGAAUCAGGAAAUUUAUAGUCAAGUGUUCCGACUUGGAGAAUUAUCUACUAUAUUUCAGGCAGAAAUGUUUGCUAUUUUAAUGGCUGUUACCUGGACUAAUGAUACCUAUAAUGACUGUUAUAUAACAAUAAUUAGUGAUAGUGCCUCCUCCUUGGCUACACUUCAUAAUAAUGAACUUCAUCCUAUAUCUACCAAAAUCAAACAUGUGGUCUGUACAUCUAAUAAUAUGUACACUUUUCAGUGGACAAUGGCCCACCAUGGAACUGUCGGAAAUGAGCGGGCAGACUUUUUAGCAAAAACCGCUGCUAGUAACACAUGUCUCCCUGUCUCGUAUAAUAAAAUAAGCAUGAAUGUAGUGAAAAGAAUCUUAUGGCUGGAACUUAUAAAUGAGUGGCAAGGCAGAUGGAAUGAAUGUGAAGGAUCCAACACAUAUAGAUUUCUUCCAAGUAUCGAAGAAACUUAUAAAUUUAAAUGGAUUAAACCAAAUCACUGGAUAACUCAAUUUCUCACAAACCAUGGGAAAUUUGCCAGUUACUUCGCCAGGUUUUCUGGACUUAAUACAAAUUUAUGCCCUAUAUGUCAAAUCGAAGACGGAAACGUACACUAUAUUUUCCAUUGUCCGAUACUUGAAAGGGAACGAAAUGAAAUUCAAAAUAUACUACACCAACAAGGCAUAUCUUGGCCAUGUGAUUUACCUAAUCUUAUUAAUACAAAGGAGAACUUUUUCUAUUUUAACAACUUAACCAAAAGAUAUGGCAAACUUACUACCAUUAGGGCAUAA